AUGGCGGAAAGUCAAACCUUAGCAACAGUGAAUAAAUCACGAACCACUUUGGGAGGAGAGAGUACGGCUAGCGUUAGAAGUACUGCCAAUAGUGAAAAUGAAGAGCAAAUGCCAAAAAAACCAAACGGCGAUAAAAGCUCGUCCGAAAGUGGCAUUGCAGAAAGUGGUGAGAUGCCACAGCAACAAACUAUAUCACAACCUGCUCCAAGACGCCGGGCAAAAGCACCAGAAUUGCCUGUGUUUGAAAGACGGAACUGGCUCAUUCAUCUACAUUAUACAAUGAAAGAGUAUGAUAAAUGCAAGGCUUUAAUUGCAGAGCAGCUAUUUGAAACUGGGGAUGCAUGUGAAUAUGCUUUGUUUGUGCAAGCUUUGAUCUUAAGAGAAGAAGGCAACAUUCAAAGUUCACUGGAGCUUUUCCAAAAAACGACUCAGCUUGAUCCACAGAAUGUAAGCAACCUAAAACAAGUUGCCAGAUCUCUAUUUUUACUUGGCCGACAUAAAGCUGCGUUAGAAGCUUAUAAUGAGGCAGGCAAAUUGACGCCAUUAGACUGGGAAAUAAUGCACAACCAAGGAGUCUGUUAUAUGUACCUCAAAGACACUGAAAAGGCCAUUCAGUCGCUGAAAGCUGCCAUCCAAUACAGCAAACAUGAUAUCAGCUUUAUAAUGCUUGCGAAAUGCUUUCUGAAUGAAGGAAAUCUCGAUGCAGCUAUCGAUGUGUACAAGAAAGCAGUUGAAUAUUCUCCAGAAAAUCCAGAACUGAUGACAACAUUGGGACUACUGUUCUUGCAGACCGGUCAGCCGCAAAAAGCAUUUGAACAACUUGGCAAUGCAAUGACUUACGACCCUCACAAUGUUAAGGCGAUUUUAGCUGCUGGCUCCAUGAUUCAAAGUCGCGGUGACUAUGAUGUAGCCUUGGCAAAAUACAGAAUAGCGGCCACUUCGACUCCUGAAUCGCCACAAUUAUGGAAUAAUAUUGGAAUGUGCUUCUUUGGCAAGAAAAAAUAUGUUGCGGCCAUCAGUUGCUUGAAAAGAGCUGUUUACUUGGCACCGUUUGAAUGGAAUAUAAUUUAUAACCUUGGACUUGUGCAUUUAACUAUGCAACAAUAUGCAUCGGCUUUUCACUACCUCAGUGCUGCAGUCACCUUGAGGCCAAAAUUCGGAAAACUGUUCAUGUUGCUCGCAAUUGCAUUAACAUACUUGGAAGAUGUCGAUAACGCCAAACAAGCAUACGAACAAGCAAUAACCUUAGACAGUGACGACCCAUCAAUCCACCUAAAUUAUGCUGCAAUGUUAUUCAAUAUUGGAGACAGAAGAGCUGCUGCGAAGCAAUUUUCCCAGUUUCAGAAAAAGUUUGAAACAUUCAAGGCAGCGAAUGCAGAUGAUGUGGAUCCUCAGAUUUUUGAUGUCUCUGCAAAACUUGAACCCCUCCUCGUUGUUGGUGGAACAUACGCUAAGAAUGCUAAGAGAUCAGGCAAAGAUAAUACCCAGCUAAGAACGGAUACAAAAGGAGAAACAAACGCAGAUGAAGAGGAAGUAUAA